UCGCCUCGCAACCGAUCGUUGAAAGCACGGCUUUCAGUUCUGGGCCCUCGAUCCCGAAAUCGGCAGGAUGGGUAUCAAGAAUCAGGAAUCCACACAGAAGCCUUCGAAUCGAAGAACUGAGAUCGAUUGGUGCAUAGAUAUACCAAGGAAACCCGCUCAUUUCAACUCUAGCACCAUUCGAAAUCAGUGCUUUUGAUAAGAAACAAUCAGCAGAGUGUCGCAAGCAAAGCCAACUUCAACUUCAACUGUGUCCCCAGAAUACCUGAAAACCAAGAUAUCGAAAAUGAUUUUAAAAGACAAAGUGAACGCAAUUCAACAAGUUGUGAGUGCAAGUGGCAGCCGCGUUGCUGGGAGAAGCCAGCCAAGUGCAAUCGUGACUCUGACCGGGUAUUUACUACAGAUCAGAAUAAGUAAACAACUUUGAUUCGUCAUCAAUGGAAUUACACUUAUUAUAGUGCCGAGACGAAAAGUGUCGCAAGAUUUAACAGGCAAUACAUUUUAAUUGAGUGUGGAGAAGACGACAGUUGUCGCCUAAAAACUAAAACUAAUCUCGUUAAGGAUGUUUUGUUUUAUAGAAUUCGCAAGCAAAAAAAAUUAAUUACAUAUAACUUCCCUAAAUCUAAGAAAUCAAUCAUAACUGAACUGAUACCAGAUAAUUUAAAGUUAAAAAAAAUAUAAAAUAUACUAAUGAUGCAGUUAGUUAGAGAAUUAAAAUACAACAUGCUUUAAAUAAGAGUUUCGUUUUUAUAUAAACAGACAGACAGCCGUACACGUCUAGUUUGAAUCAGAUCUUGAUGCUGACCAAGAACGUAUAUUCUUUAUGGGGCUUCUGACUAAAAUUAAAAUACUCUCUGCAAGGGUAUAAAAAUCUACACAGACUCAGAACUACAUAUUUUUACUCUUUUAAUGUUAUAUUUUAUUUUGUGACAUAUUUUUAAAGCCAUUAUGAGUUUUGUAAUUAUUGUAUUAAUAACUGGAAACUCAAUUGAAACGAUAGAGUAUUUUUAGUUAUUGAUUCGUCAAUUUAAUUAACAAUACAUGUUCCUAUUGAGCUUAUCGAUUAAAUUCUUACGCCGAAAAUUUGCUCACCCUUUCGAUUAAGUUAGCACACAUACAAAAAAAAGUUUAACUCAAACAUAAAAGUCAAUUUCAAUUUGCAGGUGUUGCAAAUAUAUUUGUUAAAAGAACAUCAUUAAAUAUACAUUUAUUUUUAGGAAAAUACGUAAACUUAUCAGUGUUUAUAUAUAAACUGAAGUUACCAAAAAAUUUAAUUGGAAAACCACCAAAAUCUAUGCGUGACAUAAGCCAAAUCUUAUCAUCUUUCGGUGUAGUAAAUUAAUGUCAUCCGAUUGGGAAUAUCUGUUAUUUGUCACUUGAGCACUAAGGCUUCUAUAAAAAGCCCAUUUUGCACCUGUUUAAAGUUAGUUCAAUUACUAAACAGAAGGUGACGGGUGGCCGAUUUCAAAAUGCGAGAACUCUCAAGUUCAUCAAUCCUGUUGGCCGCGCUGCUGGUCCUAAUGGUCGGCCUGAGCAGUCAAACGCUCUACUUGGGCUCCUCCUCCGAGGACAUCUGUCGGCUGUUUAAGAGUGGAACAGUACUCCGCAAGCCGGGCACCUGCAACGAGAAGAUUGUGUGCCAGGACUCUGUGUCUACGGAUGGCGGCAGUUGUUCCGGCACCACUCCGUACUUCAGUCUCUCGGAGGGCAAGUGCUACAAGAGUUCGGACAGUUCCUCCUACUGCAGCACAAGCAAUAUUUGCAAGGCCUCCAUUAAGGGCUAUGUGGGCGAUACCAGGAACUGCGCCAACUGGUACUACUGCGAUGGUAAAGACCUGAAGGGCCAGGGAGCUUGCGACGGGGGCAUGGUCUUCGAUAAAGAAAAGGGAAUGUGCGUCUAUCCCGAGCACACCGAUUGCACUGCCACCUACGAGAUGUGCGACAUUGUGCCCGUGAAGACGUACUUCCGCGACGAGGACAACUGCAACAAGUACUUCGUCUGCACCAGCAAGGGAGCCUUGGAUCCGAAGACCUGCGAUGCUGGCAAAUAUUUCGACGUUGCCACGGCCACUUGCAUUGACAAAAAGCUAGUCGUAUGCGACAAACAUCCGCUGCCGGAGGACGCAUGUGGCACCAAGAAGCUGGCCUACCGCAACAAGUUCGUCUCGGAUAACGCCACCUGUCGCGGCUACUACUACUGCCGGGAUCUGGGCUCCGGCGUGCCCGAUCCCGAUCCCACCUACCAGCAGUGCAGCGAGGACUACUUCUUCAGCCAGGAGCGACAGGCGUGCGUUCCCCGCGAGAACCAGAAGUGCGACUUCGAUCGGUGCGACGGCAAGAAGGAUGGCUACGUGGUCGCCCAGGACGAAGGAUGCCAGAAGUAUAUCGAGUGCGUCGAUGGUCGGGAGGGCGUCACCAUCGCUUGUAAUGACACCAUGUACUUUAACGUUGGCUCACAGAGCUGCAUCGCAACGCAAACCUCUUACGGAGCUUGUUCUACCUAGUGCCAGAAAUUGAAAAAAUACAGCAAUUGAAUGUGAAGAUUAUAACACGUAAAAUAUGCUUUUUUCAAAGAUAGAAUAAUAAACGUUGCAAAAAUA